GCAUCAGUUAGUCAGAAACAUUAGCCCUCGCUGGUGAUUGUCACUCAAUAUGUUCAAGUACGCAACUUAUUUCUUGUACCUGUUCGUCCUGUGGGAUCCGCAGGAAGCCCAGGAAAAUAGCUGCCCCAAGGUUCCACUAAGCGAACGAAUCAAACAACGCGGAGAAUUCAGUCUCGUCGAUUUUAACACUCUGAUGAAUUCUAUUUUAAAAAACCCACACAAGGAAGUACUCGGGAAAAUUGAAGGUCACGUGGGGCACACAGUAAAUAAAAUAAAGUCUUUAGAAUCAGUAAGCCUAAACCAAUCGAAGGCUUUGCUGGAUGACUGGGAGAUGCAAAGCAAAUUAGAAUAUCUGGACGCAGCAUUGCAGAAUGCAAACAAAGCCCUGCACUGCUCACUCGAAAACAAUAAGGUCAUGUCAACUGGGAAACCCCCUCCGGAAUUCCAGAAGUUGGGCUCGAGGUAUUUUUACAUCGAGAGGCAUGUCAGGCAGAAUUGGUUCGAUGCCGCAGGAAAGUGUCGUGGGAUGGGCGGUCACCUGGCGACGCCCCAAGACGAGGAUGAACUGUACCUCAUCCGCAAACAGCUCGUAGCCAGAUGGUAUUGGCUAGACAUUAGCAACCUGGUCAAUAAGCACCAAUACAUUUCUCUGGCCUGUGGGAAAGAAGUUUCAUAUCUUAAGUGGCGAGACGGGGAACCCAAAAAGAGUUCUAAUGCCAACUGUGCUUAUUUAUACGCCGGGGAUUAUUACACAUAUCAGUGCAACGACAGAAACUUUUUCAUUUGCCAAGCUGCGUAAGAAGACCGCCCUUAGAAUUUGAUGGAACAAACUAAUCGAUUUUUUAUGUGUGUUAUAUGAUUUAUAUGUCACUUGUAGUAUUAAUAUUGAGUGUAAAUAUAGCCGCCAAAGAAAUAUUCAAAUGUUUAAUAUAAGGACUUUUUCACUACUUAUGUAGUGACUUUCAACCACGAGUUGAUGAUGGCACCACCCCCCUGAUAAGUCCGUAUAUUCAAGAUUGGCCGAUCGGGUUAACAAGCUGGCCGCGUGCAAAUGAUGCUAUUAAAGUGGCAUUUAAAAUUUAAGUUGCAGUUAAAUCGCGCCUCUCCCUCUCCUCCACCAACCUAUCCUGGCCAGCGUUUCGCUAAGCUUUCCUCUUGGCCGCAAGACGAAGCCAUUUCUUUGAGCCACAAAACGAAAGAACAACAAUGGCAACUGCAGAAACGAUCCACAGAAGAAAAUUUAGAUAAAAUAUGUACGAAUCUUAUUGCCUAAAAAAUAUAAAAAUAAUUAAUAUA